AGUCCCUUUCUUGUUCCCUCUAUAAAACCUGCUCCUAGAAUUCCUCAAUCAAUCUCAUCACAGACAAACCAGACAACAGAUUUUCCUCUCAGAAGAUAAUAGGCAAAUACCCUUUUUUCUCUUCUCAAAAUCUCUGUCCUCGCCAUGUCCAGGGUUAUGGAACCACUUUCAGUAGGGAGAGUUAUAGGAGAAGUUGUUGACAAUUUCAUUCCAAGUGUGGACUUGAAUGUGACUUACAAUUCCAACAGACAAGUCUCUAAUGGCCAUGAGCUCAUGCCUGGUGUCAUUACCACUAAACCUCGCGUCGAGAUCGGCGGAGAAGACAUGAGGGCUGCUUAUACACUUGUCAUGACUGAUCCUGAUGCUCCAAGCCCAAGUGAUGCAUACUUGAGGGAACAUCUUCACUGGAUAGUUACAGAUAUCCCAGGUACUACUGAUGCUUCAUUUGGAAGAGAACUUGUGAGCUACGAGACUCCAAAUCCAGUCAUUGGCAUCCACAGAUACGUGUUCAUUCUGUUCAGGCAGAGAGCAAGAAAUUCUGUGAGGCCACCUGCUUCAAGGGAUUACUUCAACACAAGGAGUUUCGCAGGAGAGAAUGGCUUAGGUUUACCAGUGGCUGCAGUGUACUUCAAUGCACAAAGGGAGAAUGCUUGCAGGAGAAGAUGAAAAUCUGACGAAUAAUUAAUUAUAAACCAAAAUAAUGUUUCUUUUUGUUUCUUAGGUCUUGCCAUGUGUGUGCUUUCUCCUGCUAUAAUCUGUGUUCUAGUGUACUUGCAUUAUGCUAAACCCUUUACAAGGUUUAGGUCAAUGCAGGGGUCCCACAGACUUUUAGCUUUAGUUCUUAAAGGAUCUGAUGAUUAAUAGGGACAUUGAUAAAACGUUAGAAUAGGUGUGUUUUGUUGGAUUUAUGAUGGGAUUAUGAAGUGAUCCCCUAAUCUUAAGUAUCAUAAUAAUGGAAAAAUUUGUGUUUUGCUGUU